AUGCAAUGGCAACGUACCUUUGACUCCACCCCAGUGGUGCCCGAAGACCCCUUCUUCGAAGCCUUCCGCGACGCCUGCGAGUCCGGCGACAUGCCAGCCGUCCAAGAAGCCAUUGCCAGCGGGCGCUUAACUGUCGAAGAGCUUGACAAGGGGCUCAAGCUCGCAACAUUAAUGCGGUAUCUUGAAAUUGUAACAGCUCUGUUUAACACCGGCGCCCGAGUCACACCCGAGACAACACUCCAUGUCCCCGGAGCAAAGGGACAGCAAGACCCACGCAUCGUGCGCCUCUUUCUCGACCGGGGCAUGGACCCCAACGCAACGCACUCCACGCUGAUCAUGAAGCCGAGGCGCUCCACGUCCAGCACCCCUACUCCGCUGAGGCGCUCCGAGGGCGAGCCCAACCUCCCCAUGUUCCGCAAUCUCGAAUGUGUUGCUCUGCUGCUCGAAGCCGGCGCAGACCCCAAUCGCCGCGGGCCCAGGGGAAUCCCGGCCCUCGGCUACGCGAUCAUGCGCGCCCGGGAGCCAGACACUACCCUACUCGACCUCUACAUCGCACACGGCGCGAGGCUAGAACCGAAUCUACUCUGCUACGCUGUGCGUCCGCGCAUACGGCAGAGCGAGUUUAUGACCCGAUUCCUGCUGGAUAGGGGCUUAGAUCCGAAUGCUGCCUUCGACGACGAGUGGGGCACGCCUCUGCACUGUGCUGCGGCAACUGGCAAAGUCAAUCUCGUCAAGAUGCUGUUGGAGGCUGGCGCGAACCCCACUGCGAUACCGGCUGAAAGCUAUAAACUCGGGAGAGUGACGCCCGCGCAGGCUGUUGAGAAGAGGAUGGAGCGUGGAAGGUGCCGCGAGGGGAUCUCGAUACUUGGGCUUUUGAAGGCUUAUACGCCCAAGACUAAACUCUAG